AUAUAGUGAAUGCAGGGUCCUGGGAGACCAGAUAUAGUGAAUGCAGGGUCCUGGGAGACCAGAUAUAGUGAAUGCAGGGUCCUGGGAGACCAGAUAUAGUGAAUGCAGGGUCCGGGGAGGCCAGAUAUAGUGAAUGCAGGGUUCCUGGGAGACCGGAUAUAGUGAAUACAGGGUCCUGGGAGACCAGAUAUAGUGAAUGCAGGGUCCGGGGAGACCAGAUAUAGUGGAUGCAGGGUCCGGGGAGACCGGAUAUAGUGAAUGCAGGGUCCGGGGAGACCGGAUAUAGUGAAUGCAGGGUCCCGGGAGACCAGAUAUAGUGGAAUGCAGGGUCCGGGGAGACCAGAUAUAGUGAAUGCAGGGUCCGG